GGUGGCCAGAGACAUCAGGUGUGCAUAAUAUACAGAGAGAGAGAGAGCACCUGCCAGGUGAAUGGGCUUUGGAGUGUUGGGCUGUCAUUUGUAAUGAUAAGGAAAGUACUGGACCAUGUGGUGGGGUUGUGGACCAGACGGCUCUUCUGAGACUCACUGCUAUGCACUCUGAGGAGAAACAACUGUCCUAGGUUUCAACUUCAGUGACAUUUUUCAUCUAACUGCAGUUGCUGGAUUUAUGCACAAAAGGAUAACCCUCAAUUUGGGACCAUGGUUGGCAAGCAGGGGAGGCAAUGGUGGUCGAUGGGAAAAGGUCUUGUCCUGGGUACCCUACUCACCAGCUGUAUGAUCCUGCUCUACUGCCUUUCUGCUCCACAGGUCCACUUCAACCUGCCUGAGGUGCCAGUGCCUUACUCCUGCGCCCAUCGGCAUGCUCAAGCCCACACCACACCAUUCACAAAUGGCAUCCAGCAUGCCGCGGGACAGACGGGCCUCUGCACUCCCAAAGUGGAUGUUAUGUUCAUGAAGACCCACAAGACGGCCAGCAGCACACUCCUCAACAUCCUCUUCCGCUUCGGAGAGAAGCACAGGCUCAAGUUUGCCUUUCCAGACAGCCGUAAUGACUUCUUCUACCCCUCCUUGUUUCAACGCUCCCAGGUCAAGGACUACAGGCCUGGCAUGUGCUUCAAUAUCAUAUGCAACCACAUGCGCUUCAAUGCACCGGAGGUGGCCAAGGUGCUCCCCACAGACACCGCCUACAUCACCAUCCUCAGAGACCCGGCUGAGCUCUUUGAAUCCUCCUUCCACUACUUUGGCCGCCUGGUGCCCAUGACCUGGAAAAUAUCAGGCGAGGACAAGAUGGGGGAGUUCCUGCGUGACCCCCGCCACUACUUUGACCCUGAUGGCUUCAACUCCUUCUACCUCAAGAAUCUGCUGUUCUUCGACUUCGGGCAGGACAACACUCUGGAGCUGGGCGACUCGAGGGUGGAGGAGGGCAUUCGGGCCAUCGCAGGCUGCUUCCAGCUGGUCAUGUUGGUGGAGCACUUUGAAGAGUCCCUCAUCCUGCUCAUGGACGCCCUCUGUUGGGAGAUGGACGACCUGCUCUUCUUCAAGCUCAACGCCCGGAAGGGCUCCACCGUGUCCAAACUGACCCCAGAGUUGAGGGCCAAGGCCCUGGAGUGGAACGCCGUGGACUGGAGACUUUACCAACACUUCAACGCAACCUUCUGGAGGAAGGUGGAGGCAUACGGGCACCAGCGGAUGGCUGACAACGUGGCGGAGCUCCAGAGGAGGAAUGCAGAGAUGGCGGCCGUCUGUAUUGAGGGAGGGCAUGCUGUGGAUGCAGAUAGCAUCCAGGAGACAGUCAUGCAGCCCUGGCAGCCCAUCGGGGAGAAGUCCAUCAUGGGCUACAACCUGAAAAAGAACGUGGACAAGGCCCACCUCAAGCUGUGCCGUAAGAUGCUCACACCCGAGCUGCAAUACCUGACAGAGCUGGGGGUCAACCUGUGGAUCACUAAACUGUGGGGUCAUGUGAGAGACAUUAUCAACUGGUGACAAGCGGGUGACUAGAGAGACAUGAGCGAGAGGGGCCAAUUUUACGAGAGAGAGAGAGAGAGAGAG